CAUACAUGGGGUGGAAGAGGGACAGCAUUCCUCCAGUGAGAGGGUAAUAUUUUUGUUGCCAUCAGCAAGUGCUUCCCAAGCGGCAUCAGGCUGCUCUUCCACCGCUUUGCGCUGUUUUAAUCUCUUGGGGUCUCCUUGAAGUUUUCCAGUCAUGGCUUCCAAAGUCACACCUUGGUAUAAGAAGAAGCGUACGAGCCAAGUCAAAACUGAUUAUGCUUAUCAUCACACUUCAUGUGUGUGUGCCAAGCAGCAGACCGCAGUGAGGAAAUCCAGCUCUACAUCGGUGAGCCAGGUGCAGGCUCAGGCCACAGAGGCUAUGGCGGAACAAGCCUAUACCAUACCGGUGUUCCGGCAGAGGACUGUUGAUGAGGGGACUGAGGAGUACCAGAGAGUGAGCACGAAUGUUGGGAAAGGACUGACUGUUAUCCAGGAGGAGCUCCACAGGAUGAGGAUGGCCACCAAGGCCCAAGUGGAAAAUUUAGCUCUGCAGAGAGAGGUUAAGGACUUGAUGUACAGGAGGGCGGAGUUGGAGGAAAUCCCCAAGAUGCCGGACUUCCUGGUUGCUCUUCGACCCCACACCGUGUGGGAGAAGACUCCCGUCAAACUGUUCUGCACUGUGCAGGGAAGCCCCAGGCCCAUUGUGAAAUGGUAUAAAGGAGGAGUGCCAGUCGACCCACUGAGCGCUCCAGGAAAGUACAGGAUUGAAAACAAGUAUGGAGUCCACGGUUUGAUCAUUAGCAGGUGUGCUGUGAGUGACACAGCUGAGUACAGUGCUGUGGCCACCAACCCGCACGGCACGGCCACCAGCAAGGCCACAGUCACUGUGAAGAGAGCAGCAGGAGCCGGGGAGUCCUGCCAGCUUGGUUUAGUGCCUCAUCUCACUGAGAUCCAUGCCAGUAAGCUGGAGGUCAGUCUGCUGGAGCGGUUCUCUGUGAGCUUUGGUGUGGAGGGCUGCUCCUUCAGUCUGGUGUGCACCAUGGUGGUCGUCCCCGACCUCCCCAACGUACCCCCCCUCGUCCAGUGGUACAGAGACGAUAAACUGCUGAAGCAGAGUAAGCUGGUGGAGAUGUGUGUGGGUGGAGGUGCGGCCCGCCUGUCGCUGCCUCACCUGGCCAAGGACGACGAGGGUCUCUACACCCUCCGCAUCUUCACGAAGGACGGCACCGCCGAGCACAGCGCCUACCUCUUUGUUUCCGAUGCCGCCCCCUCUGUGGCCGGCGCCCCCGGUGCACCGAUGAGCGUGAAAGCAUAUGACAUCAACUCGGACUACGUGCUUGUUGCCUGGAAACCCCCCAACACCGUCAACGAGGCGGCGAUCACCGGAUACUUCGUGGAUCGGUGUGAAGCCGGCAGCGACACCUGGGUCCAGUGCAACGACGCCCCUGUGAAGGUUUGUAAAUACCCGGUGCACGGCCUGCAGGUGGGCCACUCCUACCACUUCCGGGUCAGAGCCGUGAACAGCGCCGGCAUCAGCAGGCCGUCCCGCAAGUCGGACAAAGUGACCGCCCUCGACGCUGCAGAGAGCGAGAGGCUGCAAGUGAUUAAAAUCGAAGGGAAAUACGACAUAGUGAUCAAGGACGAUGAUCUGGAAGGCUACGUAACGAUCCCGGGGGAGCCCACCCACGUGCACGCAUCCGAGAUUUUCAAAUCGUAUGUCGUGCUGAGCUGGAACGCUCCCAGCCCUCGCGGACGAGCUCCGCUGUGGUACGUCAUCGAAAAGUGCUUAGCAGGCACUGGAGCAUGGCAGCGGAUCAACGCGGCAGUCAAACUGCACUCCCCUCGUUACCCGGUUUUUGAUUUGCAAGACGGACAAAAGUACCAGUUCCGAGUGUUUUCAGUCAACUCGCACGGCUCCAGCGAGGCCUCGGAGCCCUCGGAGCCCGUCCAGAGGGUGGAGGAGGACGGCGUCCCGUCUGCUCCGGGUCAGGUCGUGGCCACCAGGAACAGCAAGUCGUCUGUGUUUGUGCAGUGGGAGGCUCCCACAGUCCUGAAGAACCUGCUGGGGUAUUACAUCGACGGCCGCAUCGUCGGGUCCAAGGAGUGGUUCCCCUGCAACCACAAACCCUUCAAACACUGCAGGUUUGUGGUCCACGGUCUGAUCCCGGGCGAGAGCUACACGUUCCGCGUCCAAGCCGUCAACAUCUUCGGCCUCAGCGAGGAGUCUCAGGAGUCCUCGGCCAUCGCCGUGGAGCCGGCGCUCGCGACUCCCAGCUCUCCCUUCGGCAUCACCAUGCUGAGCUGUGACGGCUCCGUCAUGACUUUGGCCUGGAAGAGUCCCAAACACUGCGGCGGCUCCAAGGUCAACGCUUACUACAUCGACAAGCGGAACGCAGACACUCUGGUGUGGAAGGAGGUCAACCUGGCCGCCAUCACGGAGAGAAUCUGCAUCGUGGACAAGCUGACCGAGGGAAACUUCUACGAGUUCAAGGUCCAGGCCGGCAACAUGGCCGGUGUUGGCGUUCCCUCCGCUCCCAGCUCCCCGAUGAAAUGUGAAGCGUGGACCAUGGACGAGCCAGGCCCAGCGUUUGACCUGAGCUUCAGCGAGGUCAGAGGUCAGUCCCUGGUCGUGCUGUGGAAGGCUCCCGUCUACACCGGAGCCAGCGCGGUCUCUGGAUAUCUGGUGGACAUGGCCAAGAAGGGCUCGUCAGAGUUUGUGACUCUGACUCAGGAAGCUGUGAGCCAUCGUUACCUGCAGGUGACCGGUCUGCAGGAAGGAGAAACCUACGUGUUCAGAGUUCGCUCCGUCAACGCUAACGGAGUCGGAAAACCUUCCCAGCUGUCCGAGCCGGUCUGUGCCAAAGCUCUGCCCGGCACGAAGGAGGUGGUGGUUGGCGUGGACGAGGAGACCGGAGACGUCUUCCUGACUCUGGAGGCUUGUGAGAUCGCCGAGACGUCCAAGUUUGUGUGGUCGAAGAACUACAAAGCCAUCGGUGACUGCCCCAGGGUCGCCGUCACAGCGAAGGGCAGAACCUCCAGACUGACGUUCACUAACCCCAACAAAGAGGAUCUGGGCAGAUACUCUGUGGUCGUCACGGACACGGAGGGAGUCUCUGCCAGCCACACGCUGACUGAGGACGCUCUGAACACCAUGCUGGAGCUCAGCUAUGCCAUCAGACAUCCAAUCGUUCCUCUCAAACACGGGCUGAACUACGAGGUCCUGGAGAAGGGUCACGUCCGCUUCUGGCUGCAGGCCGUCAAACUGUCCCCGUCCGUGUCCUACAGGUUCAUCGUUAACGACAAGGAGGUCAAAACCGGCGAGGGAAUCAAGAUCAGCCACGACGUGGCCUCAGGGGUCAUCCAGAUGACGGUGGAUCAUUUCACCAGAGCCAACGAGGGAACGUACACCGUGCAGAUCCACGACGGCAAAGCCAAAACCCAGAGCUCCCUGGUGCUGGUGGGAGACGUGUUCAAAGCCGCUCUGAAGGAGGCCGAGUUUCAGAGGAAGGAGCACAUCAGGAAGCAAGGUCCUCACUUCUCUGAGUAUCUGUACUUCACUGUCACUGAGGAUUGCACUGUUCUGCUCGCCUGCAAGGUGGCCAACGUGAAGAAGGAAACAUCUUUCCGCUGGUACAAAGAGGAAGAUGAGAUCGUUCCAGAAACUCCUCCCAACGUCCUGUCAGGAGCCUGCGCUCUGCCCGUCCCCCUGUUCUCCAGAAAAGAUCAGGGCGUGUUCAAGGCCGUGCUCAGCGACGACAGAGGAAAGGACACGUCUGCGUUUGACAUUUCAGGCAAAGUGUUUGACGACAUCAUCAACGCUCUCGCCAAGAAUGCCGGUGCGUCUGCCUCUGAGCUGGUGCUGCAGUGCACACCAGAGGGCAUCAGGCUGCAGUGCUACAUGAACUACUACACAGAAGAGAUGAAGACCGUCUGGAAACACAAGGAGAGUAAGAUCGCCUCCUCUGAGAAGAUGAGGAUUGGAGGCACAGCGGAGAUGGCCUGGAUGCAGAUCUGUGAUCCGUCUGACAAGGAGAAGGGCAGCUACUCCAUCGAGAUCUCAGACGGCGUGCAGACCCACGCCAGAACCUUCGACCUCUCUGGACAAGCGUACACCGAUGCCUAUGAGGAGUAUCUCAGACUGAAGGCCGCCGCAUUCGCUGAGAAGAACCGCGGCAGAGUGGUCGGUGGUCUGCCUGACGUGGUCACUAUCAUGGAAGAGAAGUCUCUGAGCCUGACCUGCACCGUGUGGGGCGAGCCGACCCCUGAGGUCUCCUGGUUCAAGAACGAGCAGGACAUCGCCUCCAACGAGCACACCAAGGUCACAUUCGAGGGCGGCAAGUUCUCCAGCCUCGUCAUCAACAAAGUCACUCCUGAAGACUCCGGCAAGUACAGCAUCAACGUACGGAACAAGUACGGCGGUGAGUUCGUGGAGAUCACGGUCAGCGUCUACAAGCACGGCGAGAAGAUCCCCGAGCCCAAACUGGGACAGCCCAAAACGACUGCAGCCACACCUGUGCCGCCAGUCCCCAAGUCCCCAGCCCCCUCCUCCAAGACCUCAACCCCCGUGCCUUCUAAGUCCCAGACCCCGGCAUCCAUGAAGAGCCCAACUCCAGCCUCUACCCCCGCUUCCACCCCGAUCCCCAAAUCUCCAACCCCGACCCCGAAGUCUCCCACUCCCUCUCGCGGCGUCAAGUCGCCCACCCCGCCCAGAUUCAUGAAGUCUCCGACCCCACCGAGGAAGUAAACGAUGGCGGUGACGUCUGAGCGGGAAACGAUUGCUGUUAGCAACGCUGAUUCAUAGCAUGAGUGUGAAACCAUGAGGUUUUUAAGGUUUGUGUAGCUGUAGUCGCUGUUAUUAGUCCCGUCUGAAGGUUUUCUGUGCGUUCCAGUGUUCUCCAUCACGUCUGAGAACUAGUUGCAGGAUAUAUAUACAUACAAGAGAGGGACCUUUACAGAGGCUACUAACAUACAGUAGAUUUCCAUUUCAGUUUCAUAUUCAACUGGUCGCUGUGCUUUUGACACAGGUGGGAAAAAGAUACAAAAACUAAUAAAGAAAACAAAAAAAAAACAGGGUAGAUGUUUAUGUUUUAAAAGCUGCACCUUCCACUAAGCAACAUUAGUGGAACGUCCGUAUACAGUGUGGAUGCUAAAGGAUCAUUCCUGUUUAUUAUAACUUGGGUCAUAAUUACAUCACCAGACGGUCAGACAGCUUGGACACAAAGAUAAAAGAAGGCAAACCGUCUCUGGAGAUGUGUUCCCAGAGUUAAGUCAGUGUAAAGUCAUAACCAGAAAAGAUUAUGACCAAAACUAUGGAAAUACGACCAAAGUUGUUAUAAAGCGAAAUGACCCUUUAAACUGGAUGACCUGGAGUACGGAGCUGGAGUUAUGUUGUUAGUACCUGCGGGGGGAUUAACACCAGAUACCAGAUUAUUGUUUUGUUUCCGCUCUGGUUCAGUUUUCCUCCUUUAUCAACAGAUACUUUUGUCCCAGGUAGCUCUCAUCAGGUGGAGACCCUAACGAGGAUCCUGUGAGCACAAAUACUCACUUCCUGUCAGAGAGGUCUGUCUGUGACAUGUUGUGUUUCCCCCAAUGCUUUGUGAUGCAAUAAACUUUACUUAUCAACCUC